AUGCACCUGCAGCCCUUUAUUGGCUGUCUCUUCAUCUGUCUCUUGGUGCUGCCACCGCUGCCUGUCGCUGGCUUCUCCUGCGUUCGUAGCAAAUCUGCUGCUGCUGCUGCUGCAGCUCCUGCAGCAACUGUCUCUGCUCUUCUAGCCUCUGCAGCAGAGCCGCUGAGGCUCUCUUCAACAGCAGCUGCAUCGACGAGCCCCAAGGGAAGCGCUACCUCAUCCCUGUACACCGCAGCAACACUAAUGGACAUACAAAACUCCACUUCCACGCAGCAGCAGCAGCAGCAGCAGCAACAGCAACAGCAGCAGCAGCAACAGCGUGAGGCCGCGCUUGAGAGGGAAGUGGCGGAGCUCCGACGCAUCAGCGCCCAGAAAUAUCAGCUGCAUCGCCAGCAGCAACAGCAGCAGCAGCGACAGCAGCAGCAACCCCUGCAGCGGCCCGCGCUGCGACAAGAGGGUAUCCACAAGCAGCAGCAGCAGCAGCAGCAACAGCAGCAGCAGCAGCGAAAUGAUGGGCUCAUUUACGUCAGCAGCAGUGAGAGCGACGACUCCGCGGUCGAAGCGGUAAUAGCAGGCAGCAAAUCUGUUGAUAGACGUGCGAACAGCAGCAGCAGCAGCAGCAGCAACAGCAGCAGAAGCAGCAGCAGCAGCAGCAGCAGAGACUGCAACGUGCAGAUGCAUGCAGACACGCCUAACAGCAGCAGGAAAGCAAACAAAAGCGGACGCAGCCCGAGGAGAAGUCCUGACGGCAGCAGCAGCAGCAGCAAAAGCAAAAGCAACAAACGUCUUCAUGCUGUCAAGAGUACCGCCAGCAGCAGCAGCAGCAGCAGCAGCAGGCCGAAGCAACCUGACAUCCCUACUGGCCUCGAGGAAUGCAGCGGGAGAAACAGAGCUGCGGGCAUCGCCAGCAGCAGCAGCAGCAGCAGCAGCAACAGCAGCAGGAGCAGCAUGGACACCUCAGAGGACUCCGUUAAUGAAACUGCUCUGCCGAUCAGUAGAGAUGAAUUUGACCUCUUAACUUGGAACUUGGACGGCCUCGAUGAGCGUUUGCUGCGGGUGAGGACCCUUGCUGUUUGCUCUGAAGUGCUGCGGCUGCAGCCUGCUGUUGUCUUGCUGCAGGAAGUAGUUGACAGCAGCGCGAAGCUGCUGCAGCAGCGGCUGCAGCACAAAUACAGAUUUUUCUUCCCUACCCCGCCCCCUAACUACGCAGAGACGGCGCAAUCCAGCAGCAGCAGCAGCAGCAGCAGUAGCAGCAGCAGCAGAAACGGGUCGGCCACAGCCGCUGGAGGGGGAUCAACAGCAGCAGCAGCAGCAGCAGCAGCAGCAGCAGAUCCUAUAGUGCCCGGGUGUCCCUACUAUUGUGCAGUGCUGCUGUGCAGGCAGCAGAUGAUACCGCCAGCGCGGCAGCAGCUGCAGACACUGUGGUUUGCUGGCAGCAGCAUGGGGAGACAUCUGCUGUACGGCUGCUGCAGCAGCAGCAAAAGACCUUCGGAGCCGCUGCUGCUGCUGACUUCUCACUUAGAAUCCAUGCGGCCCUACGCGCAGCAGCGGCGAGAGCAGCUGCAGCACUGCUUCAGCCUCAUGACUGCUGUUACCCUAGCAGACCCACUGCAGCAGCAGCAGCAGCAGCAGCAGCAGCAGGUGUUUUCCGAUGCCUUUCCCCUAGGGAAGCCGCAGAAGGUAAGAACUGCCAUACUGGCGGGGGAUCUCAACUUAAGAGACGAUGAGCUGCUGCUGCAGCAGCAGCAGCAGCAGCACGGGUUUGCUCGCACGAAGCGCCCCCAUAGCAACAGCAGCAACAGCGACAGCAGCAGCAGCAGCAGCAGCAGCAGCGGAACGAUUGUUCCUGAGGGAACCAUUGACGCUUGGGAGUUUCUAGGAAGAGAGCCGGGGUGUAUGUACACCUGGGAUAUGCUGCGCAACGACAACCAUGCAGAGGUCAAACGCAAAUACAAACCGCGCUGCCGCUUCGACAGAAUAUUCAUCACUGCUGAUCCUCCCUUAGGCCCAACCAGCAGCAGCAACAGCAGCAGCAGCAACAGCAGCAGCAGCAGCAGCAGCAGCGGUAGUAGUAAGGGGAGCGGGGGCGCAGUGUGGCAGCCAGUGAAGCUGCAACUGGUUGGAGAGCAGCGGCUCCUUAGCGUUGGUUGUUUUGCUUCUGAUCACUUCGGGCUGCUCUGCCGCUUUAAACGAGUCGAACCCUCUCCAGAUGCAGCAGCAGCAGCAGCAGCAGCAGCAAGAAAGGAAAGAAAGUGA